AUGCACACUUUAACCUAUUGCUGCGCGAUUGCAGCCGCCGUGGCGAUGACCUCGUCGAUGCCUGCUUUUGCUCAAAAACCACUGCACGCUGGUAUUAAUUAUCAGCAAUACCUCAAAGCGAUCGACACCACACAAGCCGAUUUGGAUGAGUGGAGGAAAAAUUACGGCGACACUGCGCAGAAGAAUGGAUGGUGGCCAGUUUCGAAAGAUCGCAGCGCGGAUGAUCAAGAAGAAGAUCUUCGCCAACGCAUUUUCUUGACCAAGCAGAGCAUUUCCGCCCGGCAGGCCGCCAAUCCAAACGCAAAUUUCUCCAUCAUGACGCCAUUCUCAGCUUUGACUGAUACAGAGUUCGACACAUAUGUGUUGAACUCGUUCAUCGGACGCAACUCAACGAAGAGUGACAAAGGAACGACCAAGUAUCAACCCACUGCCACUGCCACCGGCUCGGAAUCGAUCACCGAUCUCAGCGACAAUAGCUCCGACAGCGUUUCGUUUGUCAAGUCUCUCGGCUCCUUCGUCGACACCUUGAUCAAUAAAUUGAGUAUGGGCACAGGUCAAUCCGUGAGCAACAAUUUCAUCGACGCAAAUUUGACCAGCUACAAGUUCUCGGAUUUAUGGAAUUGGCUUCAACCCAGAUUAACAUCCACCCUGACUGCAAACACACCAGUCACCGAGGCAUCGUCUUUGCCAGAGACGACAGAGAGAAGCUCUACUUCGGUGGACUGGUCUACGUCUGAGUGCAUGGCCCCGAUUCAGAAUCAAGGAUCAUGUGGUUCCUGCUGGGCAUUUGCUACGGUAUCAGCCGUCGAAUCUGCGCAGUGCAUUGCGAACGGAAACUCGUCUCUCACCAAAUACUCAGUGCAGCAGUUGGUUAGCUGUGAUACUCGAAACUGGGGUUGCGACGGAGGUAUUCCCGUGUAUGCGUUCGAUUUCAUGCUGCAAAAUGGCCUUUGCACUGAAGACAGCUAUCCGUACACGUCAAACCGAGGCGUGGAGGAUACUUGCCGUUCGAGCUGCAAUUCACAGGAUACUGGCAUCACAGGGUACUCGCAGCUAUCUGGUGAGGCUGAGUUGCUGAGCGCAAUCGACGAGCAUCCGGUCGUCGUGGCGGUCGCUGCGGGAAAUGUCGUUUGGAAGCAGUACACGGGUGGAUUGGUGUCAUCGUGUAGUACCACGCGGCUCGACCACGCAGUUGUUGCGGUUGGCUAUGAUUCUUCGUCGAUUAAAAUUCGCAACUCCUGGGGAACAAACUGGGGUGAAGAUGGAUACAUGCGUCUCGCUCGUAGCUCGUCUGGUGACGGAACGUGUGGUAUGAUGCUGGAAAUGUCGACUCCACAGAUGUAA